AUGCCUCGUAGACACAGCGAGGACCGAACGCGAUGGACGAAUGUGAGUUGCCAGGGACAAUUGGAACCUCGAAAGCUUUCGACUAAUCACCAACAGAUCUUUAGUGGUGGUCGUGCCGGUCAGGACACAAGGCAUCAUUUGCGCGAUGAGGUGCAAUCACUCUUGCCCACGCGCCGCAACGAGCUUCCUCCGUCCCCAAUUCCUGCCAAGGAAGUCACUACUGUAGCUUUGCGUCUGAAGCACCAGAUCGAACAAGUCAUCCCAUGCGAGCUAGAAGAAGAUCUGAUCACGAAGCCGCACAGCGGGAUUAUCACCGAUGCGGUCGUCAAAACGGCUUCGGAGGCUGGCGGGCAAGACUACAAAUCUUGUGUUGUAUAUGGUCUUUUGGUGUGCAAGAGAUGGUUCAAACGACAAGCCUUGCUUGAGCUAUGGGACUCUGACAUGCACGAUGUGAGAGCAGUAGCUUGCGAAGUUAUUGCCAAGAGACUCAUUGAGGGGGAAGACGAUCAAGAGUAUCUACUCGAGGAUAUAUUACUCAAACGAUAUUCAAUACUGAUAGAUGGGGAAGAGUCUGUACCUGCUAAUGUCGUUGAGCGGGCAGUCGAUCUCCAUGCGCUUCGCGUAAUCGGUUCGUCUGGCUAUCAGAAAUGCAUCCAGUAUCUGUGGCGCGGCUGGUUGGUCCAAGACGACGAUGACCCAGCGCGCUUCGUUGACUACAAAGAAAAGACCGACACCAACUAUUGGUCACAUCUGGAUCCAGACAGGAUGCGAGUCCCUCGUUAUCAGAAUGCCCUACAGGUCAUCUUCUCCAUUGUUUACCUUGCUCUUUAUACUGGUGCUAUUAACACCGUCAACCCUACUGGAGAUCUUGACGUGGUGGAAAUUGUCCUGUAUAUCUUCACUCUUGGCUUCAUUACCGAUGAAUUUUCCAAGUUCUGGAAGGUCGGCCGCUACUAUCUUGGAUUUUGGAACAUCUUCAACAGCACCCUCUAUACUCUUCUUACGGUCUCAUUCAUUCUUCGGAUGGUUGCACUCGCACAUCCCUUACAGACUCACGACCGACACCGCUUCAACGAGCUCAGCUACAAUUUCCUAGCGUUCAGUGCGCCGAUGUUCUGGAUGCGACUGCUGUUAUACCUCGAUACAUUCAGAUUUUUCGGUGCAAUGCUUGUUGUGCUCCGGGUGAUGAUGCGCGAGUCGCUUAUCUUUUUUGCACUUCUCAUUGUUGUACUCAUCGGAUUCCUGCAAGGAUUUAUCGGUAUGGACCAAGUGGACGAUAAUUUGACUGCCACGGGCUUCAUCGUUAAAGCUAUGCUGAAUGCUAUCAUGACCUCUCCUGAAUUCGAUGGCUUCGACAACUUUGCUCCGCCCUUUGGUCUGAUUCUCUACUACAUCUUUACCUUCGUUGUUAUGGUCCUGCUUCUCAACAUCCUCAUCGCGUUAUAUAACUCCGCUUACGAAGACAUUGCCGGUAAUGCGAUCGACGAAUACAUGGGUCUCUUCGCACAGAAGACUAUGCAGUUUGUUCGAGCCCCGGAUGAGAAUGUAUUCAUUGCCCCAUUCAACCUUAUUGAGCUCUUUUGCCUCGUAUUGCCCUUUGAGUGGUGGAUGCCGAACGACCAGUAUCAGCGUCUAAAUGACUACGUCAUGGGUGUUAUCUACAGUCCUUUAUUGCUCGUCACAGCAGCCAUCGAGACAUCGCAGGCGCAUACUGUGAGGGGCAACAGGAGCAGGAACGAAAGCGACGAUGACACAAUCGAAGAAUGGGAGCAGGUGGACGUGGACUUUGAAAGUGAUGGCUGGGAUAAGAAGGUCCAAGCAUCCAAGCCAGAUGUCGCCACUGAUGCAGCUGUGGCGGAAGUGAGGAAACUGAGGGCGGAAAUGCAGGAGCUGAAGGAGAUCGUAUUGAGCCUGAAGAGCGAUAGCCGUGCAAGUCACCAGGACGGAACGAACGGGGCUUAG